UAAUAUCAAUGCCGGUCACCAAUGAAGGUUGGCCAGAAGCAUUCGGCUUUGGGCUGGGCGGUUCGGGUCCAUGUUACAUUUUAUGGGUGGAGGAUAAAAGCAGUGCCCAUGCCGCUGGACUGAGGCCCGGAGACCAGAUUUUGGAAGUUGAAGGAAAGCCAGUGUCUUCUCUGACCUGUGAAGCACUGACCAAACUAGGCCGGGAGUGUCUCAAUGUCCCACCAAGUAUUGGGGUAAUAUCAAGAGUACAAUAUGUGGAGGUACCCAGAAAAGGAGAGGAGAUUGGCCUCACACUCAGGGAUGGUAGACCUCUACUGGUGGCCAACGUUACCCCCGGAUCUCCUGCAUCCUAUAGUGGGGUCAGAACUGGAGAUCUACUUCUCGAAAUUAAUGAAGUCCCCGUGAAGGAUCUGGUUGAGGCUUCCCGAAUGAUCUCUUCCUGUGAGGAGGAUGUGAUACGCCUCGGCCUCCUGUGUGUUGGUUGGAGGCAGAGACACAGUAGGGUGUACAGCGCAAGUGGAAGCAGGUCGGAGAUUACAAGCCAAGCACAGAGACUCAAAGCUCAGGAAUUUAACCGGAAGCUUGAUGAGGUCCUGGGGGACCAGCCGGCCUUGAAGGAGAAGGUCUUUGCCCUGUUGAAGCAGUACGCCCAGGAGCGGAAGGUCGACCGUCUGGCGUAUAUGCUCCCCAUGAUCCUCACAGAGGAGUCCCAGCACCGUCUCAUCGACAACAUCAGAAUAUUCAUCCCCAAGAAACAUCGACAUCGUUUUGACCAUGUGGUGUCCCAGAGUCUCAUCAGUAAGAUCUGCCGAUCCAGGAGCGAGCGGAGUAAUCGUCUGAGGAGGAGUCGUAGUGAAGACCACCAUGAAAGGUUGCUGGUGUCCACAAGGGCGGCUCCUAUGCCUAAUUGUCAGGACGAUGUGGGCAGGGGGUUGAAGAAGAGCAGUUCUCUUGUGGCUGGAAGUGUGGGAACUGGGAAGCCACACAGGACAGUACGGGUGUGUAAGGGAAGUAGCAGUUUUGGGUUCACGUUACGGGGUAAUGCUCCAGUCUGGAUUGAGUCCAUUCUCCCAGGCAGCCCUGCGGAGGUGGCUGGACUCCAGCCUGGAGACAGAAUCUUAUUCUUGAACGGCUUGGACAUGAGGAACUGCUGCCAUGAGAAGGUGGUCUGCAUGCUGCAAGGAAGUGGCGCCAUGCCAACAUUAGUGGUGGAAGAGGGCAGCGUGUCCUACUGUGCAGAUACAGAUUCUGAUACCACUCUCCCAACAUCUGCUCUUACCUCCCUCCAGUGGGUGGCAGAAAUCCUUCCCUCUAACAUUCGUAUCCAAGGACGGAGUUUUAGCCAACAGCUGGAACAUCUGCUCACUCCCACAGAGCGGUACACAGUGUGUAAAGCCCUAGAAAGCUUCUUUCAGCACAGGAACAUUGACACCCUGAUCGUGGAUAUAUAUCCGGUCCUGGACACUCCGGCCAAACAGAUCAUAUGGCAAUUCAUCUUCCAGUUGAUGACAUAUGAGGAACAGGAGCACUGCCAGAACAAGAUUGCUCGAUUUCUGGGGUACAAGGCAGCUGCCAUGGACGCUGAUGUCGGGGUUCCACAUCGAGGGUCUGUCCAUGGGCAGGCAACGUACCAGGGGAGCAUACGAGCGCCACCUGCGGAGGAAGGGAAGAGCGGCGACUAUAAUUCAUACUCUCAGUGUGAUCCAGUAGAAGUUGCUCCUCGUCUGACAUCAGGAGAGAGACAAGCGGGAGAUGGGACAUCGCUGCCCGAAACACCGAACCCUAAAAUGAUGUCGGCAGUUUACGCUGAGUUAGAGAACCGCUUUAUUAAUAACAUGCCUGGUAAACUGAGCAGCCUGAGAUCCCGCGGGUCGUGUAACUUCUAUCAUACCAUAGGGGAGCGUAAGUUGGCACAGGGUAACCACUGGCAAAAUUCGGUGCCGCCCUCUGACCCAUGCCCUCCACGCCCGCCCAGUGCCCCAUCGCCCAGCAGCUCCGAGUCGAAUCCUUACGUCAGCCUGGAUGGGAGUUUACCACCAUCGCCAACUCACAGGAAAAUGUUUACCUUCUCGCGACCAAGCCGAUCCCGAGACACUGACCGAUUCUUGGACGCACUCAGCCGGCAGCUGGGGCAGAAUUUGGCCAUCACGGAUCAGUUUCUUACCCCUGAGAAUGACUAUGAAGAGAUGAGCUUCCAGGAUGACCACCUGACCUGUGCCCCACGUGAAGUGAGCACGACCAGCGAGUCAGCAGGCAGCAGCGAAGACGGCAGCUCCCUUACCUACUCAUCAGUGUCUGACCACAUCCCCCCACCUCCACACAGUCCACCUCCACCACCUCCUCCGCAGCAUCCUAGAGGAGAGCAGGCCCGGAAAAAGGAAAUAUCCAAAACGGUGCCCUCUUCCUUUCCCCGAGGUGUAGGGAGUUAUAUACAAACCCCUUUACCUCCAGCGCCUCCUCCUCUCCCUAUACCCCCUGUGCCCCCAGCGCCACCUCUGGAGCCCCUGGCACAUCGUGGCAUGCACCGGCGCAGCGAAUCUAGCCACAUGAGCGUGAAGAGGCUACGCUGGGAACAGGUGGAAAAUUCAGAAGGGACCAUAUGGGGGCAGUUGGGGGAGGAUUCCGACUAUGAAAAGCUGAGUGACAUGGUGAAGUACCUGGACUUGGAGCUGCACUUUGGCACCCAGAAACCAACGCUCCUCCCAGUGAUGCCAGAAUCCAUGAAAAACAAAGGUGCUGUUGAAAUUUUGUCUCACAAGAAGGCCUACAAUACAGCUAUCCUGAUUGCACACUUAAAGCUCUCGCACCAGGAGCUGCGACACAUCCUCAUGACGAUGGAGAACGAGAGGUUGGAGCCCUCCCAUAUUAAACAGCUUUUGCUCUAUGCACCGGGUGAAGAGGAGAGGAAACAUUUUCAGUCUUACACAGGGAGUCCUAGCAAGCUGAGCGAACCCGACCAGUUUGCACUGCAGAUGAUGCAAGUUCCGGAGUACAAGAUGCGCCUGAGAAGUCUCCUCUUUAAGAGCACCUUGCAGGAGAAGACAGAAGAGAUCCGAGUCAGCUGUGACUGCGUCCUCAAGGCCUCUGCUGAACUGAAAAACAGCAAGAAGCUGGCAAAGAUAUUAGAGUUUGUUCUCGCGAUGGGAAACUAUCUGAACGACGGACAACCCAAAACCAACAGGACAACCGGAUUCAAGAUCAACUUUCUAACAGAGCUCAACACCACCAAGACGGUAGAUGGGAAGUUCACCUUUUUGCACAUACUCGCCAAAUCCCUCAGCCAGCAUUUUCCCGAGCUUCUAAGCUUUGCCAAGGAUCUCCCCACUGUGCCUCUCGCUGCCAAAGUAAACCAGAGGUCACUUACCGCUGACUUGAGUGACCUACACGUGACUAUCCAGGAGAUUAAAAACGCCUGCAGCCGGAUGAGCAGCACUCCAGAGGACAAGUUCCCGCUCACUAUGAGUACAUUCCUUGAGAACACGUUCCCCUGUAUGCAGAGUCUGGACACGCUGCAGCAUCGGGCCAUGGAGGAUUUCUUUAAAGUCUGCUCCUACUUCGGGGAGGACCCCAAGGGCUCGAGCAGCGAGACUUUUUUUGGGAUUUUUGCUGAUUUUAUCAGUAAAUUUGAGAAAGCCUUCGGUGAGGUACAAUCAGUUGACCCCCAGCUCCCCCCAGGGACAAUGCCCGUCUGGUAAGAACUUGGCGCCGGGCGAGACGGUGGCAAUUCAUGCUCUGGGCCCCCCGGUGGCUGAUCUUAGACAUCAGCACUAGAUGCAAGUGGCUGCAAAAUGCCAAUCUGGCUCCAAGACAAAACCGCGUGCGGCACAACAAGCUCUGCUACAUCAUGCUGUAUGGGAGGAACCUAGAACCUGAAGCACCAGGAGGAACCUUCUAGGAGUCAAAUGCAAUCUACACUCCCCUCCCCUUUUAUGUUACCGCGAGGCCUCCAUAUUUGUUAAUCACCCCCUCCCCCGUCAGCUGCAUUGACGUCCGCCUCCACCUCCCGUCCAAUCGUUUUUCCUUUGUUUACGCGCAUUCGCCUCUGCUAACCCUACAGGAUCUAGAUCAGUGGCCUCCAAACUGCGGACCUCCAGAUGUUGCAAAACUACAACUCCCAGCAUGCCCGGACAGCCAACGGCAUGGAGACCACAUGAUCUAGAUAACUACAUCAUCUCCCACCACCCCUCAUGAACACCCCCUACAUAUAGAAAUAUAUAUAUGUUAUAAAUAUAUUGUGUAAUUUUACACAGGAAUUCUUCGAUGCUUUCUGGUAAGCUGCAGAAUUUAACUGCUGGAAUAAAGAAAUGCGUAUUUAUUA